AUGGGUGAAUCCAUGGCGAAUGAAGGAAGUAAUCAUGGGGUUGUUGCAGUGAUCCAAGGAGAUAUGGAGGAUGAGGUAGACGCCGACGUGGAGAUGCUUAGAACGUCCGCCAUCGUCGCUGCUCGCGCAUCCAUGGUGCUGUCCGAUAUGGGGGCGGCUAUGGUGGAGGAGCAAGUUGUGGGCGCUGGGUUAGGGAGUUUUGGCGUGGAGUCCUGCACUGUGGGGCGUCUAGCACAGAGUGGGGUGAGUGAAGGAGGUGCUGCGUUGGGCGAACAGGCGCUGGGCGCUGCUGCUGUCCAAGUGCUAGGCGUCUUUGCUGGUCGCGUAGAGGGGUGA